AUGCAAAAACACAAUGGGUACAAGGCAAGGGGAAGACCAACAAGAAGGUGGAGUCAAGACAACAUAGAUAACAUUAAACACCACGGAAUCAGCCUUAGAUACACAACGGAUACAGGGCAAGAGAAAGACCAAGACGAAGGUGGAGUCAAGACAACAUUAAACACCAUGGAAUCAGCCGUAGAGAAGCUCUGGAUAGAGUACAUUAAAAGUCCCUACAUUGUCCCUCUACAUCUGCCGGUAGACAGAGGAAGUAAUUACAAUGAAUUAACUUAUCACAACCACACCCAAGUUUUCAGCACAAUUGAACACCAGCAAGCUACUGAAACUACUGAUCAACAGACAAUCAACUACAUCAUCGAAGGUCCAGAUAUUGAGUCCUGCAAUUGCACGAAAAGAGUACGAAUAGGAAGAUGGAUUGCUCAAAACCAAAAACUUCAACCUGCAAAACCAAAUGAUUUCUUUCGUUUGUCUGGAGAUCUACAUAUAAUUAAUCGAACAUUACGUGUAGCCACAAUGGAUAACUUCCCAUUCUUCGUCCAGGAGAUUAUUUCAGACAGAAAAGUGAUCGGGAAGGAUGGUAUCGAUCUUAAGAUUAUAGAAAUUUUGGCUGAAAAAUUUAAUUUCAAGUUCCAGAUUUUGACACCCAGUGAUCGUGUAUGGGGAGUAAAACUGCCUGAUGGAGAGUGGAGCGGCUUGUUCAGAAUGAUUUUAAAACAAGAGGCAGACUUCGCUAUCACAAACAUUGGAAUGAUAAACGAACGUCAAGAAGCGAUAGAUUACACAUAUCCUUACAUGACUGACAGCUUAAACUUUUUAGUUCGAGGACCACGUGAAAAAUCCCGAGCAUUGGCUGUCAUCAGACCUUUCACCUUAGAGGUGUGGAUUGGACUCCUGGUGGUGGUUUUGCUAACUUCUUUGUUCACUACUUUUGUGGCGAAAACGACUUGUAACCCUAAUGCCCAGAAAUGGAGCUUUCGCCAAGCUCUUUGGUAUUAUUUUGGUGCUUUGACUUCACAAGGUGGUGCGCAAAAUCUACCUUCUACUAACUCUUUACGAUUAAUCGUUACAUUUUACUGGUUUUUUGCUAUGAUCACCGUGGCUGGAUUUAGUGGAAGUCUGACCUCUUACAUGAACAUUCCUGAGAAAGAGUCACCAAUAGACACCAUAUCAGAACUUGUGAAACGAAUGGAAAAUGGUCAAAUCAAAGUCGGGACGCUCCAUGGGGCCUUGCCUUAUGCAAACUUUAUGAGCGCCACAGAAGGGGACAUGUAUAGAAUUGGAAAAGAGAUCAAAAGAGACCAAGAAGGGACAUUAGUCAAGGAUAUCAAAACUGGAGCGUUUCGUACAAUGCAAGAGUCGUAUGCUCUUGUCUUCCCUCGAUCCUUUGUAGAAGGCACACUGGUGAGCAUGGGCAUCAAAGACUACCACUUUGGGAGAGAACAGUUUUACAUAAAUUUCUUCUCUAUUGCUGUUCCUAAGGGCUCUCCAAUGAAAGACGCUUUUAGUAAAGUGUUAAAACGACUAAACGAAAUGGGGCUAAUCAGCAAAUGGUACAAGGAUGUUUUAAGUCGGAGAGAACGACAAAAGAUAUUUUCAAAGAUGACCAGCCAUGAUAAUACUACCACUCCUAUACCUCCACUAAACAAAGAGGAGCAAAAGGGACCACGUCCUUUACAGCUUGAAGAUCUUCAGGGUGCUUAUAUUGUUUUCUUUGUUGGACUAAUUUCAGCUCUGUUGGUGUUUUUGCUAGAGUUAAGAUUG